AUGGGCAGAAUCAUCUUCUACGAAGAUAAGAACUUCCAGGGUCGCUCCUAUGAGACCAGCAGCGACUGUGCUGAGCUGACCUCCUACCUGAGUCGCUGCAACUCCUGCAGGGUGGAGAGCGGCUGUUUCAUGGUUUACGAGCGUCCAAACUACAUGGGCCACCAGAUGUUGGUGAGGAGGGGAGAGUACCCUGACAACCAGCGCCUGAUGGGAAUGAGCAUGAGUGACUGUAUCCGUUCCUGCCGUAUGAUCCCCAUGCACAGAGGUCCAUUCAAGAUGAGGAUCUAUGAGAAGGAGAACUUUGGUGGUCAGAUGUAUGAACUGAUGGACGACUGUGACAGCAUCAUGGACCGUUACCGUAUGUCCGACUGCCAGUCUGCUCACGUGAUGGACGGCCACUGGCUGAUGCAUGAGCAGCCCCACUACAGAGGCAGGAUGAUGUACCUGAGGCCUGGAGAGUACAGGAGCAUGAGAGACAUGGGAAUGGGUCCUAUGGACAUGAGGAUCGGAUCUAUCCGUCGUAUCAUGGACUCCUGUUAAAGAAUCAAACUCAAGCACUGCUCAAGAUUUGAUAAUAUAAUCAAUGAAUAUUAAUAAAGUUUAAAAUUUUAUCAGUCAUAUUAAGUUUCAAAACAUCACAAAAUUGCUGAGAAUGUUGCAUGAGUU